CGUGGGACAUGUAGGACCCCGUGGGCUCCUCCGGUAUGGUCAAACAUUGGCUGGUUACAAAAGCAGCUGGUGUGGACGGAGAGAGCAACAUCUGAGGAAGCUGUGCAGAAGAAGAGACCAUGGACAGGACGGUCAGCCUCAGCAGACCCGACCACACCUCCACAGCCACUCUGGUUGAGAGCAGCAGCGCCCCCGGCGGCCUGGAACUGGUCAGCUCCUACCAGACCAACAGAGUGGGGGACCCCAUGGACCUGGUGGCCCUGGCAGCCCAAGUACAAAAGGGAGACGAUUUCAUCAAAGCCAACGCUUCCAACAAACUGACAGUCAUCGCUGACCAGAUCAGGUACCUACAGGAGCAGGCGAGAAAGGUUUUGGAAGAGGCUAAAAGAGAUGCUGACCUCCACCACGCUGCCUGUAACAUAGUGAAGAAGCCAGGCACCAUGUACUACCUCUAUCAGCGGCCAUCUGGGCAGAAGUACUUCUCCAUUAUCUCCCCUAAGGAAUGGGGCCCAAGUUGCCCUCACCCAUUUGUCGGUGCGUUCAAACUCCAACAUGACAUGUCCUGGACCCCUGUAGACGAGGUGGAGAAGAGGGAUGCAGAGAUUGCCAUCAUGAACAAGCUCAUCAGCCAGCAGACCGCUUUACCACCUUGCACAGAACCCAACUUCAAAGGCCUCUCUGAGUAAAGCACUGCUGAAGCUGGACUGAAAAGAGGACUGGACUUAUCAAGGACACAUGCUGGAGACUAAUUCUACUUUUAAUGAACAUCAGUUUGAACUGAGACGAAUCCAGGUGUGGAUUGGAAUCACUGAUAUCAAUCACUGAUAUCAAUCACUGAUAUCAAAAUGUCAGAGUGUCUCAGUGGCUUUCAUGUACUGCCUUAAGUGAACACAGUCAUGCAUUACAACACGUUUUAGUCUGUAUAGUCACAACCUCAGUAUCAUACAGGGCUGCCGCUUUUGUAAGCUAGUUAUCGUCAUUAUCCUGUGCAACUCAAAGUGAAUGAUUUAUUUUGUAGAUGCUGCCAAUAAGGUUGGGACUUCAUUUGGUGAAUAAAAUCAUCUGUUUAAUCUCAGGUCAACAAAA